GAGAAGGUGAGCCAGCUGAAGGACGAGGUGCGCCUGCAGUACGAGAAGAUGCACCAGAUCUUGGACGAAGACUUGCGGAAGACCAUGGAGAUCCUGGACAAGGCCCAGGCCAAGUUCUGCAAUGAGAACGCGGCCCAGGUGCUCCACCUCAACGAGCGCAUGCAGGAGGCCAAGAAGCUCCUCAGCUCUGUCCAGGUCAUGUUUGACAAAACUGAGGACAUCAACUUCAUGAAGCAGCGGGAGAAGGCGAGGAGGAGCGGGGCAGGCUCAGCGCCAGCCUCGAGUGAGGAGGUGCUGCAGCUGGAGAUGGGGCUGGGGCAGAGGGGGCUCAGCACCCCUGGGCAGCCUGUCCCCUCCUGGGGGGGCACAGAAGCCCUCCCCAUGUCCCCAUGCACCGUCAGCAACUCCGGCGCGGAGAAGCGCAAGCACUCCACCGCCUUCCCCGAGGGCAGCUUCCUCGAGCCAUCGUCCGGGACUGUGGCGAGCCAGUACAUGAGCCAGGGCGCUUCGGCUGGCGAGGGGCAGUCCGCACAAGCCAUGGUGCCUUGCAGCUCCACGCAGCACAUAGUUGGACUUCCCAGUGGCCCGCAGCCGGUGCACUCGGGCUCCGUCUUCAACCCAUCUCACUACCCCAACACCACGUCAUCUCAGCAGUCCGUGCUCUCCCAGUACGGCGGGCGCAAAAUCCUCGUCUGCUCCGUGGACAACUGUUACUGUUCCUCCGUGUCCAACCACAGUGGGCACCAGCCCUACCCGCGGUCGGGGCACUUCCCCUGGACGGUCUCCUCGCAGGAGUACUCCCACCCGCUGCCGUUCCUCACCCUCCACCAGCACAACCUGCAGCCAGCACCGGGCUGGGGGGACCUCAGACCCCAGGCAGCCAGCCUGCUGUGGGGUAGUCCCCCGAGCCCUCCGAAGGGCUAA